CGCAUUUAUAAACCGUCUAUGAUAUAUCCGUCGUCAAUCCAAAAGGGACAUUUGGUCCAAUAUUAUCUACCCAACAAAGUAUGAAGUGAAAGUUUUAUCUGCAUCAAUGUCCUCAUAACAAUUAUGUCAGGCUCAGAAGAGGAUAGCAGCAUUUUUGUUAAAAGACUGUAUGCUCGCUAUACCAAAGAUGGGAUUAUAACUCCACAAUCUCUUGUCACUUGGUUUGUUGAUUAUUUGAAUUAUCCCUUUAUGUAUGACGAAAAAUGUAAGUCUAAUUUUGGCUUCUUCAAAGAUCCUAAAGACACAAAAAAUCAUCCAUUUCAAAUUGUUUCUUUUAUUACCCGUGAUGCAUUACAGAGUAACACGAUUCUACGGUUUUCAGAAAAAACGGAGCUGUUUUGUUUAUAUCAUUCUUACCGAUUUACUUUUGUCGUUGACUUUAGUUGGUCGACUUUGUGUUCAAGUGCAGAUGGAACCUGUUAUGUAAACAGUAUUGUAAAAACAAUCAACCAAAUUUUCUACAUCCUCUCUGAACCCAGCUCUUAUAGUUUUCCCGGGACUGGUUAUAAGUUGUCCAACUUUACAGUUUUUUGUUCCGUGAUCGUUGUUGUUCCUAACUCAAAGUGCUAUACAUUAUUGUCUGGUUGGGUUGUUAACACUAAAGAGAUUCCCAAUAAAAUAGCAUAUAUUUCUCGUUCGCUUGUGAAACUUGAGCGUACGUUUUUGGAAGACAUUAAAAAUAAGCGUGAUGACUCGAAAUAUACAGGGAGACGAUAUGUUUUCUUAUCGGACCUACUUAGACAUGGGGCUUUAUCUGUGUCAUUACUGACUCCUAUUUCAGGACCUGCCACAAUCUUGUUUUUCACACACGGCUGUUUUGCAACAUCUGAUUUUGGUGUUCCAGAAUUAGUUAUGUCUCAUUUAAACGUAGAACAUGUUCGAUGUGUUUUUAUUUUGAUGACAGACAAUAUUAUCCCUGACAUCCACAAACCAUAUAUUCCUCAUAAUAUGUCUAAACAAUCUUCUCUCAUGACUGCGGGUAUUCAGCAAGUGGAGUUGUGCAGUGUCUUAGCCAGUAACACUGAUGGAUUCGUUGUCAAUAUCCCGUAUGAAUCUCAGCAUUUAGCGGUUCAGAUGAAUUCGUGGAAUAAAUUGGCCGAAUCUUUGUUAGCCGUCCCCAUAUUUCGUCAUAGCGAAUAUACAACAUGUUAUAGUGAUUUUAACCGUGACUCCCGAGUCAUCGUCAAAGCAGGUUCAAAAAUUGUAGAAUUGCCUCCACAUAUUUUGUUAACAACAAGAUUAAAAAGUGGAUUCCGGCUUAAAUCUAUCUCACUAACUAAGAAAUUCACUGUUCCAAAAAGCCAUUUAAUUACUGCAGAGGCUUCUGUUUACAAUAAAAAUGAAGAGAUGGAAGCUUGUGUUCCACUUACUGAGAAUGAGAAAAUCUCUAAUGAUUGUGUGGCCACUAAAUUAAAGUUAGAUCUUGUGAUGGUAUGGGGUGUAAAUAUAACAUUCCAUUGUUCUAUACGUGGAGGGUGGACACGAAUACUUCGUUCUCCUAUCGUAACUGGCUCUACUGAUUUCCCUACAAAGAACAUACAUGAAGACGCUUUGUUAUCUCCCUUUUUUAACUCUUUUACUACUCCUGAAAAGUCGUUGGUAGAAUUGAAGGUUGAAGCAAAUUAUUCAUUUUUACGACAGCUUUUUAAUAGACAUGCUUUACCUUACAGUAAUCUGGAACUAUCGUCAAUGUUUUCUCGUCUUCCAUUGCCUAUCCAAAUGAUAACUUUGAAUGAUUUACUUUUAGCGCAUGUUUAUGAGUUCAAUAGGGACCCAUUUGUUCGGAAGGUUCCUGAUUCAUUUGCUAAUCGUUUGUAUCCUGUGUUUGUUAUGAAAAACAAUCUCCAAGGUGAUUUGGUUGCAACACCAAUUCUACAAGAUUUACAACCGACUAAUAAUCCUGACUAUUUAUCGAUUCUACGUUUUAUCGAUUAUUGGAGACUUUUCAUUGAUAUUGACCUAGUUCAGUGCUAUCGUUGGAUGGACUUGCAUCACAUCUUCUUACUCUUGGAAUACGAUUCACCUCUACCACCUAACUUACAUUUCCCUCCAUCAGACAAGCGCGAUGCUUCUCCUCUAUCAUGUCGUCAAGCUCUUUUCCGUGUUCAUACUCUUCUCUCACAAUGGUCAAGUUUUGUUUUGCUCGAAAAUAGUACCUAUAUAAAGUUGUUUCAUAUCGGUGACUUUGCUGUUGGGAGACUUGUACAUAAAUCCAGUUCUUUAUCAUCGAUUUCUUCUGUUCCUGGGGCUACCCAGGAAACUAUGGACGCGAAAAAGGUUAGUGAAUGUGACGUUGGUUGCAAUAAGACAUGUUCGGGGGUUUCCAUGUCAUCUGUGUCUCAUUUCUGUUUGAUUCGUCUCGAAUUAAAAAUUCCCGAAGUUAGAUUUUGCAUUGGAUUUGUCAAUAAUACUCCUGUUGAUAUCCAACACGAAAUCAUGGAGUAUCUCAAAACACAAUUAAAGUCUCUCCAUUUUCCACCAAGAGGGCGCCAAGCUAUUCCCAAAUCUAGACACAAAUCUGGCACUUUUCAACAUGUGGCUGAGUGCAAACAUGUUCCACCUCUUCAACGCUCCUGGGAGGAUACACCAUGUUGCACAGUCUUUAAUACUAGGCUUGAUCGUCUUGUAAUAGACUUCGGUACAUUCUGUAACCCUGUGGUAAAAGCCUCAGACUGCAUUUCCACUAAUAAAAAUAAGUCUGUCAAGCUUGACCAUACUCAGGAAUCUGAACGUGUGUCAAAAUCAUGCAAACAAAAUCGGCUUCUGUUUUUACAAACCGUUCCAGUAAAUGAUGCGACUAUCAAUCCAGUAUUGUUGGCUCAACAUCUUCAUCAUUCUGUUUGUGUAUGGGCAGUUUUUUCAUCAACUUGGAAGUCAUGUAUGCAGUCAAUAUUCUCAAGUCUUGUGAACAUUCGAUUACAGGAAGGAUUUCAUCUAGCUCGAGUAGGUCCGCAAUCCGGAUUUGUGUCUUUGUUAACUGAACUGGAAAUGCAAUCACUUGAAAUCAGUAACACUGAAACUCCAUGUUUAGUUCAGUAUCAAGUCUAUCCAACUGUUGACCCUAAAAAUGUAGAAUUUCAGGGACAUGAUUUAGGACAUUUGACUGUUAUAAAUAAUUUUUUAAAAAGCCGUAUCGAUGCUGUUGUGUUAGACAUGUUAAAUUCACCUGACUCCUCCACGGUUCCCGACAUUAAAAAGUCCUCGUUUUCUCCUAUCAUUAUUGCUUCCGAAAUAUGGAUCCAGCCUGUCGAUGGUAUUAUUAACUCAGUUGAUUCGGAAGCUGAAAACUGGUCAGGAUCUACUUUUUCCGAAUUACCCCGGAUUAUUUUUAAUGAAGACGAAGAGUGCAUAGUUUCAUACAUAACAUUGGAUAACUUAUAUAACUUUGUAACCAACAAAUCCAAAGUUUGUAUUGGUUCUCCCAAAAAGAUAACUUUACUAGGUGGUGAUGCAUAUUUUCCACUAGAGUGUUCUACAGAAAUCUGUCUAGUGUACAGUAGCAUAUCUAGGCUGAUAUCUCGUUGUUCAAACUUAAUUGCUUUGUUCCCUUUAUUGGGAAGUGUUGUUAACAAGAAACCUUCAUCUAAUCUUUCAAAUAAUGUUCAUAACCAGCGUCUGCUAACAAGUUUUCAAUCACGUCUCCUAAAUUCUGGUUUAUUGGUGGAGGUUCCAGUUUCUGUAGAUGAAUUGAAAACUGUUUUUAUUAAAUGGGGCUGCAACAUAAACUCUGAAUUCCCAGAAAACACUGAUAUUGAUCUUCCUAAAUUGCGUUGUUUUGUUGGUCGGGGAUCUUUGAAGCAAUCUGUUGUUGAUUCAGAUGUUAUUGAUGAACCAAAUCCUAUGGUUACGAUGAUUCUUAUACCAGCCACAAUAGGUGAUGUAUUUCAUCCUAUUAUGUUUAGUAUACUUACCAAUCACCUAGGAACUUCUGAUGCAUCUAACCACCCUUCUCUUCCUGUAUUUAUCUAUGCGUGUUCUCGUGUUUAUAUGUCAUAUCUAAUUGAUGACAAAUGGACAUAUAAGGCCCCAGAUACUCACAUCAUUGAUAUGCGCUCAAAUGACCGACGUUUUCUCCAAUCAGAUAAACAUGAAUGUAAUAUUGUUGGAAAGUUAUAUUCUUUACCAUGUGAAGUCCCAGACUGUUUUCUGAACGUGGGUUGUCAAAACGAAAGAUUGACUCAAGAGUUGCACGCAUUGUGGUCUGAUUUGAUGUUCUAUACUGAAAUUUUAGAGCACUCGUACAGUUAUGGUUUCAGUGUUGCAAUUUAUCGGAUUAUUUUACAUAACUCUAUUCCUGACGCUAAAGAUGUCAAUUACAUACUUAGACAUUCAGAAGUGUGUUUUCCAAUUCAACCGUUGUAUGUAGAUCUUACAUCAUUCUCAUUACUUACCUGUUCUCAUCUUUUUCCCUACGUUCAUUUGCUACACAAAAGAAGUAAUAAAUAUCUAGAAGGAAGUAUUUGUUCUAAACAUCUACCUGCUCUGGGUUGUGAAAAGCCAAAGCAAUCUGCAUCUCCACUGUGCUUCUUGGAUUCAGAGGACCUGGCAGUUGAAUUUUACAUGUUUUCCGCUAAUAAAUGCGACUGUUGUGAAAUCCAGAGAAGUUGUCUUUUCAGUACAUUUACUGAGUAUCUCAAACCCGUACCGAAUUCGGAUGGUGUUUAUGUGUUGUCAAAAUCCAAGUUAACGUGUCAAGGAAAUCGCACAAUCCGUCGUUCUGUAAGUCAAAAUAUCUUAAAAUCUUGGAGUAAAGCUAUAAAUAUUUCUGGUUCUAGGGAAAUCUUCAGUCAAACAGACACUCGCAACGCGUACACUAGUUCGGUGACUUGUAACUUAUCGGAAGCCAGCGGAGAGAGCGAGGCUUUGUGGGAUUCACGCACUCUAAAAUCGAAUAAAGAGGUUUCGCAUUGUAAUCAUUCUAUUUCGCAUUCUUCAGAUUCACUACUGCGAAAAUUGGUAGAGUGGUUUCAUUUAGUUACGGAAAAUUCGCCCGAUAUUUGCCCCCUAUUCUUACGCAUUCGUGGAAUCUUGGAGUACAAAGGAACAUCUAUCAAUGUACCUUUAUGUAAAGGGAUACCUACUUUCUGUGCUUCUCAUUUUCACGGGCUUUUAUCAGAGCUAAUCUUGAAAAAGGCUUCUCAACACAGCUCAUCAUUCAGCCAUAAAGUUGCAUCUAUGAGCAACAGCUCUGCAUUAAAAAUUGAUUUAAGGGAAUUAUAUUUUUAUAUUGAGAUUCUACCUAUCGUGAGACCACAUUCUGAUCUCUUUCCUUCUCACAAAUUUAACGACGGUAUUUUUAAGAAGUCGCGUCAUAAAAAUAAAACAGACAUGAAUUCGGGCCGUGUACGAAAUCAACAUCUGGAGUCUUCAGAUAUCUUUCACUGCUCCUUUAUGUCCAGUAGUUAUUCUAUUAAUAUGGCUUACUCAACAAUGGAGGAAGAAUGUAUUGUUAUAGAUGACUGGUUAAACCAGAACUAUGUCUCUAAAAUUCCGUCAAUACAACAAUGUUUUCUCCGCCUCUUCAUUUUUCAAAUAUUGUGGCAUAUACAUGACAAGUCGGUAAAUUGUAUGCGUUCCCUCACUCCAGUGACGGAAAAAUCCCUUGAAACUGUCCUCCAGCACAUUGAAGAUACUUGUAAAGCGAUACAUACUCCACUCUUUAAUCCCUGUAGCAUUUUAGUCAACCACUCGUAUAUAUCUAGCGAAGAUGAACUCUCAAAAUCAAAUAUAGAUUUCGAAAAGUCAUCAGCUGUGGUAGAACAAUUAUGUACCGUAGCACCGAACUUUCGCAGUCUUAGAAAACAGGUUCGCAUGCAACGAAUACACUUGGACUUCGUUUCCUAUGACACUGAUGUAGUUGACCAGUUUGCGAAGUAUUUUGAGAGUAUGCUUGUUUCCCAUUCAUAUGGGUCCCUUCAAUAUAUUAAUGGGUACUACUACCUAUCAAGCUUUAAAGAGACUUCUGAAAGCGUUCUAGAGAAACGACACACGAAGAGAAGUUGCAGGGACGGUAACACAACUAACUAUUUUCCUGGUGUUGGAAAUUUCAGCUCUGGUUUUCAAGACCCAAGUGUGACCAUGGAUAAGAUUUCUUCACAUCAGUCAUCGUUUCCUGAUAGUAUGGCUAUUGCUCAUACUUCACAAAAGAGGGCACUUGCUAGGUCUCUAAAAUAUCAAACUCAUAUGAAUGUUUCAUAUGUUGGUAAUGAAUGGUGUGGAAAUAAAGGAUCAUACUUAUCCAAGAAAAAUCCUUGUCGAACCCAUAGAUCAUAUUCACUUUCUAGUUUUGACUCUCAUUAUUCCAAAAAGGACAAUGAAGCUGUCUUUAAAAGUAAUCUUGUUAGAAGCAGUAUAAGCCUAUCCGAAAGUAAUUCAAGAAAAAGUAUACAUUCACUUGUCUUAGAUGAAUAUAUACAAUCAUCAAAUAAAUCCAUGCCAUUUUGGUUUAUAUUCCGUAUUUGUUCCAACUCGGUUAGCGUUUUCUUUCAUCAUACAGAUUUACACAUCAAGAGUAUUCACGGUCAAAGGCAGUGCCAAGAUUUAUCACUAUCCAAAUUUGCACUGCCUAAAAAUUCAUCAUACCAAACUUAUGAGGAUAUAUUGUUACUUGAAUGUCCGUACUGCACUAUUUAUCAAAAUGUAGUGAAUUCCAUUUAUUCUGUCAUUCGAAUGCUCAAUCAGAAGCUGUUGUUGAAAAAACUUUAUGAUGAACGUCUAUGUGAUCAGCUUUUGUUGCCACCCGACGAAGUGGAUAUGAUUACAAAACGCGAAGUAGUUAGUUCAUCUGAAUGUGAUGAAAGCAAUACUCGAAAUGGAUCUUUUAAUGCGAGUAAUUUUCGUGGAUGGAAAGUCCGAAAUAGACGUCAUCUCCGUUCAUUCAUUCAUCAUAUACCUCCAACAGAUAAAGAAAAAGCAGCUUUCAGUUGUCACAAAUUGAAGACCCACUCAAAUAAUCCUAGUCAUAUCGACAGAACUAAUUGCAUAAAAUCUUCCAGAAUACACAAUACCAAACAUUCCGUGAAUAUCGGUGGUAAUCAAAAGAAACUCCAAUUGCGGCGCAAAAUUUGGCCACCUGGUGUAUUUGCUUGUCCAGUACAGAUGACCAGCUAUAUUUAUUUACAUCCUCGAGUCUUUCUUAACUGUCAAAUAUAUUCUGUUGAAAAAGGCAGACGUAUCAUUCCGGUCCUUCGUCGGCUUCUGGAAAAUUUGGCCAUAACAAACCGAUCUAAUAUGUUCUUCCUCAUUGAUCACCCUUCCAAAACAGAUUCAAUUUCUGCUUUUGCCAAGCAAAAACGACAGGCUUAUUGUGACUCAGAGGCGCAGUUAAUACACUCAUCAGAAUCUUCACAAGACCCUGUGUUUUAUAUGUUAUUGAAAGAAAUUACUACUGCAACAUUUUCAUCCGAGCAGCAAUCAGGUCUAUUAGAUAAACGGACAAGUCAAACAGAACCAAAGCAUUUAUUAGAACCUAAGUUAAGUACCAAGAUAAAUAAAGUCAAACAUAUUUCUUCAGAUGUCCUCACUUCAACCUACUUUGGCAGUUCUGAAGAAACUUCGAAAAAUAUUCACAAAGGCAUCCGAUUUGCGGGCAAUUUAAAGAAAACUUACAAGCACAACGACCACAUUGGGGAAAAUGUUUUGCAAAUAACUCUUCAUGGCAUAAGUCAACCUAGCAGGCGACUUUGUUCUUCUGUUCACCAUAUGCUACAAACUCGUUUAGAUGGACUUGUUCUUCAACAUAUAUCAGACAGUCUUUCUCGAAACGCCAUUAAUCGUCUUACGUUGGAGGACUUUACGUUUUUACUCAAUAGGCGAAUUGAACAUCCCCUCAUUCACUUUUAUAUCGCACUACCUAAGUUUCUAACGGGUAAUGAUCGUAGUUUGUUUGUUAGUCAAGCAGUUCUCUCUUUUUGCCACUACUUUCGACAAAAUCUCCUUUUGUUCUUAACUCCAGUUAAAAUUGAUGAUGAUACUAAAAAGCGUCUGAAGGAACUAGGUAAGGCUGAGUUAUAUCUUUUCAAUCGUCCAAGCGCUCAGGGUUUCUCUAAACAUGGUGUUGCAACUAUCUUGAUUCAGCUUAUGAUAACUUCUGGCGAUAAAACACCUCAAAAAAAUUAUAGCUUCACUAGGCCUUACGUUAUUACGGAAUCCACAUCAUCUGAUGAACCUGCUUGUCCUGGAAUGUCUUGCAAUCUGUGUUUUCAAGACAUGUCUAAAGCAAUUAGGAAUUUCUCUGAAGUUAGUAAGUCUGAUUUACAGAAGCAUCCAGUACCAAGACUUGUUUUAUCAGUUCGUAUGUGGGAGCGUGGACAUUCUGAUCUGAGCAACUUAAAGAUGCGCCUGAUGACUUCUGUUCAUCAUGCUCUCUACGAUCUAAUAACAGAACAUCUUGUUUUGACUUCGCCAUUAUUUCCAGAUGUAGAAUGCAGCAAUGAUACCUUAAAUAAGGAGUCUUCCCAAAACUCAAAUAGUAUUGACUUAGCAAAUUCAGAUUCAAAAGAUACGUUUGUAAGUUCCAAGAAUAUGCCUCUGAAUUUACUUGUUUUUCAAUGGAUGAAAGAAGGAAGAAAUAUUGAAUCACCGCUUGUAACAGACGUCUCUACUAGCCUUUCGUCUUGUUUAUUUGUUGAACAACUGAUUUCGGAUCUUCUAAAGCCAUUUAUUUCUCAUGAUGAUAAUUCGGUUCUUGAUAGUUCUCCAAAUACAAUUUCCCGUAAACAGGAUUCUACAACAGACUUCACUUGUGUAUCUAUUAUCACUGGUGGGACAUUUAGUCCCUCUGAAUCAGCAGCGAGUUCAAAUACUAAAAGUGAAGCAAAGUGUGAAGAGAAUGUAGAGAUGUUUAAGCCAGGUUUCACCAAUAAAUAUAUUAUAGUCGGCCGCAAUCGAAACGCCUGGAAAAGAGCUCUCAACGUAACUCAGACGGGACAGCAACCCAAAUCUAUUGCCAUUCCAAAAUCGUUAGAUAAAACAUCACAUAUCUGGCUUAUUGAAUUUACUUCUGAUUCUGGUAUUUAUUAUGAUGCAUCUUCACGAAUGCAACCAUUGAAAGUUAACAUUUCACCAAAUAUUUGCUCAGUAAACAUUGAAUCUAAUCCGCCCAUCAAAAGACUUUAUCGUAAUGAUGAAGCGUCCACUUGUGAAGCACGCUUUUUAUCUAGCAAUGAUGCUAAGAAACGUGUAACUCAGUCAUCUGAUUUUCAUUGGUGUCUUACAGAUAGUUGUUGCAAUUCCGCUCUACUUGUAUCAAAGUUCCCAGAGUUUUGUCCUGUAAAAAUUGGAAUGAUUCAACACACAUCAGCUGAUACAAAUGAUAGUGCUCAUUUGGACCAAACUGAUCGUUCAGAUUCAAAUGAAUUCUUAUUUCAAAAUUACCCUAUAUUACAAGAAAAAUAUGGAAUAAAUAUACAUAUUCCUAGACAGAGCUUCUGUCUUAUAUAUGUAAAUGGGCGUCAUAUUCAAAUGUUUACUUAUAAUUGGACAAAAGAAGAAGCUGAACGUAUGUCAAACCGCUUACUAUUAUCUGUUGAAUGGUAUAAUCAACGUUAUCAGCUUUUAUGUUCACUAUCAUUUCAAAAGUUGGGCUUAUUUCAUGCGAUCAGUAAUUCAGCUUUUCGCGGUUGUGCUGCUCGUGCUAUGGAUUUGAUACGAAAUACAUGCCCUCCUGAGUUAAACAUUGGUACGGAUUCUCCGUGUACAGCAGUUAGUCAGACUUCAAGUAAUUUAUAUAAUACUUCGCCUUUAUCGUCAGUUUCAUCUACACCCAAUGCUCAAAUUUCUGUAUCAAGUAUUUCUAUGAAUAUUCUAUCAGCUGUGACUUCCAUUGCUCGCAGGCGAAAUGUAACACCAUCUACAGUUGAUAUGAAUACUAACUGUAUUAACAGCAGUAAUAUUUUUCACACUCCUUCCUCACCCGCCUUUCAAACUCAUUCGCCAUCUCUUCAUGGAACAAACAAUUCACGGAUGGAAUUUAAGGAACAUAAGAGUAUCAACAACUUCUUACGACUGUUUCAAGACUGUGGUUAUAUACCGCCUUUGAUACCACCUAGUAAUCCAAACUUACCGUACAUUGAUAUGUUACAACGGUACAGUGAGCAAGCCUUAACGCUAAUGCAUGCUGAUAUUCGGCGGUCUCAGUAUAUCGAAUUGUUCAGUGAAUAUUUUAGAAAUUGGCAAGAAGGUGGUAAAAACAAUACAGCAAAUAAAGAGUCAAAUCCAGUAAAAUCUAUACCAGUGAACAAGGAUACUGGACAGAAGUUUUCUCAUUCUAAGUCUGCAGUGGGAUCUGCUAAGGAACUUCUGCCCAGUGAUCAAUUGUUCAAACGGCUACAACGUUAUUCGGCUAUUAAACAAGCCUGUCGUCACUUGCACACCAUAUGUACUCCCAUAUUAUUUUGUCCUAAUACACGUUCAAAAGUUGUGCAGCUAAUCAAAGAAGAAGAAAAUGCUAUGAAUAAAACAGCUCAGUUAUACUUCAGUUCUAUUUCACGUCAUUCUUCUGCAGCUACACCUACGGACAUCACCGUUACUUCUGCCAAUAAUACUGAUUCUACCAUUUCUGACUUAACAGUACAUAAGGAAAUAGGUGAUUCGGAUAAAAUUCAUUAUCAUACCGAACAAACUACAAACCAGUGUAAAUCCAGUGAAAAUGAAUCGGGCUCUUCAAAGGAUUUUUCUGUAAAGUCAACUCCUGUUAGACUAAAACAAGUAUCGGACGCCGGUGGGAGUCGUUUUUUAUCCCCGUGGCUAAGUUGGUCACACAAUUCAGCUACUCCGGGUAAUCUUGAUGACACAAAUAUACUUUCAACGGAUAUCUUACUUGCUGAUAACAAUUCAUGUGCUGACAAUUCGCAUCGUCACGAUAGUUGUUUUACUUCCGUCUUAAACUUCAAUAAUUGGUUACGUCGUGUAGCUCACCAAUUUCUAAUGAAAUAUUCUCAAUAUUUGCAACAAGAAGUAGGCUUUCAUUCAAUACCGAUUUUCAAUAGUUCCGUUUCAUUAAAUAGACGUGAACAGGCAGCAAAACCUUAUAUUAACUAUGCACUGUUUCGUCGUUCUAUACACUUGGCUGGAGUACAUAUAAUUGAGCUGUUUGUCCGCGAUUUUCAUCUGUUCGUUAGAUUGGGUACUAUCGAAGUUAGUCGUUUUAGCUGGCAUGCUUCACGUUCUGUAACACUUGGGCCGUAUACAUCCGAAGUGAUUUCUCAAACGGCAGCAUCAGCUGCAGCCAGUAUGACAUCAGUUAUGUUCAAUGCAGUUUUUCGUCGAAAUAUGGAGAGGUCAUUUCGUUCGCCUAGUGCUAAUUCUUCUUUUAAUAUCAUAUCUAGUCCAUCAGAUGGGAAGUAUUCUGAUUGGUUUGAGUAUAGUAGUAAUCUUUCGUGGAACGAAUCAAGUAAACUCUGUGACUACACACAUCUCCAUUCAUUUUCGUACGACUUUCAUUUGCGUGCAAUUCAAGAUUAUUUAGAAAAUCGACGAUGCUUUCAACGAAGUCAGUGUUCUGAUGCAUCACGUAGACAAACUAGUGCAGUUGGAAGCGUAUAUUCUAAUGUGAUUACUAUUCCCGACUACCCUGUCACAAAAUUUCUAGAAGAUUUAACCUGUAUUGCUCAAAAAUUACCACUCUUUUCUCGGGGUUACUUAUGUUGCUUUCCUGUUACAUGCCACGUUAGUUUAUGUCUGCGACCAGACCAAGUUUUUCAUCAUCUUAUCGAAGAACAUGCUUCCUACGGUGUAGAUAUUCUACGCAUGACUAGACGGGAAUAUAGUGCUUCCCAAACGAAUCCGCCAUAUAACAAACAUUUAUCAUAUAAUUUUGCUUUAGUUGAGCAAUGUCAUCCUGAACAGGAAUCUGGAUGUUGUAGUUCACGUUCAACCAGUUCAGAUCAUCAUUCAAAAUAUCAACCAUGUUCAAAUUUAAGAAUGUCUUCUGAAUCGAAUUCUUCCUCUACCACUAACAGUAAAGAUCAGUCUUGUAAAUUUUCCGCUUUGGGAAUAGCUAGUGCACAUCACAUUGUUGAGAAUUUAACAAAGCUUGAUAGUGAACUUUCUAAUAGACAGUCAAUAUCCCAACCUUAUUCAGUAACAGGAAUUGUUGUUCCUGAUGAAGUUAACGGAACUUAUUCGGAUAUUAGAUCACCAGUAGAUGGAUCUAUUACAAAUAGACUACUUCAUUUGGUUGUAUAUCUAAUUAUUCUAGAUUCAAAACAUGAAUUUCCAGAAUCUAGACUUGCAAAAUUAAAUUCAAGUUCAUGUACACAAUGUCCAGUUGAUUGGCCAGCUAUUCGCCCUUGCGUUGAUCCGUGUUCAUUUACAUAUCAACCAACCCUUGUCAAUCGGAUACCUAAACCAUUUGGCAUUGAGGAUACAGAUAUUUCUAGUUUGACAGCGGAACGACAAUGUCAAAAUCUGAAUAUCUCCCCUACGGACUCUGGCGACUAUAGAAGAUUUUCAAAGCACUCUGAAAAUACUUUCGACAGCGAUGUACGAUGGCACAUGUCCUACUUAAGUAUGUGUCCUUCUCAUCAAGUUCAAUUACAUCGUGUACUUCGAAUAUCUCAAUCCAAUUUAGAAUCUCGGAUAACACAAUUAAUUGGUCGGUCUGGCGUUGAUUGUCAUAAGAAUCUACUCUGGUAUAAACUGUUCGAUACAAAUUCUUCUCUGGCUACUCAGAUUCUUUCGACGAAUAGUCGUUCUUUGUCCCAAGAUGCUGUUGAAACCAACUGUCGAGUGGAAGACGCUUCAUCUAUUUCUUUAGGCACCAACCUGAACCCGGUAGAUAGUUACCUAUGUCCUGUUCUGAACCAUCAGAGUCUGUCAAUGCGAGAGAUAGAAGAAUUAGUUGAUUCUGCACCAUUUCAGCUGGAUAUUCUACGUUUGGAUCCUCGUUUAAUUGAAUUGUUUAAUGUUGGUGGUUGCCAUUUGAACUCUGUCAGUGUAUUGUUAAACAAAGAAUUUAUUGAUUUACAGCAGAGUAGUCACCAUCAAAUUGAUCAGAUGAAAUUGACUAUCAGUUCAAAAUUAUAUAAAUAUUCUACAUCGGAAACUAUACCAUGUAUAGCCUACCGAUUUAGUCAUUCAGUUGAAAGCAAAUUGGAUGAAGUAUCAAAUACCGAUCGUCAAUGUACACAAAAUUAUAUGGUCUUGUUAUCACCAUCGUUCACUGAAGGUCUUAUAUUUCUUAGUUGGUGUGAAAGUAGUAAUGAUGAAUGUGUUCUAGAUGAAUAUUCUACAGUUUACACAUCUUGUCCUAUGAAAAAUACGUACUCUAAUGGUGUUAGUACUAGAAAAAGUAGUUGUUUUAUAGAUGCCGGUGAGAACAAUGCAAAAACACCCCAAAGUCAUCAUAUGGAAAUAAGAAACCAUAAAUAUAAAGAUUUUCAAUUUCGUGCAGUUUUUCGAGCUGUUGGUGAUCCAACCAAUCCGUCGUCAAUGCGCCGGUUAAUUGAUUCAGGUAGUGAAAUACAGAAUUUAUUUUUUAAAACGUCAACACUAGCUCUAGUAGCCACUAAUUUCAUUGAGAAACUCAGUUUUUUCGUUUGGAAAACAUUGCACAAUUGA